UGUACAAGUGUUGAUGUGACUAUUAAUAUGGUGACAGAUGUAGACGAGAACAGAGAGUGCAGAAAGAGACAAGACUCUGACAACCAAGGCCUUAAUCAAUAGGUCUCCACCAGCCCUUCCCAGGAUCCAAUGCACCCCAACUAGUAGUCACCCUAGACCAAGAAUCCUGAAACAGAGAAAAAUAAUAGGAAAACCCAGAUCAAACAAACAAACAAACAUCUCUAUGCAUACAUAGAUAUCUGGCCAUGGCUGAUGCUAUGUACAGUGAGGAGGAGGAGCACCAAAUGAUAGGAAUGGGAAGAGACUCAGCAAUCCAAGCACUCAACUCCAUAAUCCAGCUCCACUUCGAGAAGACCCUAGAAAAGAAGCGCGCCAUCGACGGCAGAAGGAAAGAGAUGUGGCGACUAUUCCAGCUCUUCUUCCUCUUCUUAGCUCUGGUGCUCUCAGCCCAGGCGCAGUCACCACCGGGCCGGCUUCAGUGCCGGCACUUGUGGGCCCCGGUGGGCCUUCUCGCCCUGGCACACCUAGCAUUCUACGUAGCCGUGGCCCAGACUCUCCGGGCCAUAAACGGGUUCAGGUACCAGAGAAGGUGCCACAAGCUCACGCUUGCGCUCGCAACGGAACGGCUCAAGCACGUAAAGAUGAGGGGUUAUGGGGUCGGUGGUAGCGCUGGGGUUGCUGUACCUGCGGAGGAGUUUGAGGUGCAGUACCAGGAGCCACCAGAGAGUUACUUGGCUAAGUUUAAGCGUAGCUGGGCUAUGCACUUUGCCUUCUUGCUUUGUACCUUUGGAUUCAUGGCUUCUGCCUCUGUUGUUCUUCUCUGCUUCUAGAACCUUGUAGAAGCUUCAGGGAUGGUGUAAGUUUUCACUGAUUGAUGAUGCUCAGGAACGAUGGGGAUGAUGGAUUGGGGAUUUGUGAUUUUUGUUUGUUUUCUAUGUUUGGGAUGUUCCGCAGGAUCAUUUGUAUGAACCCCUUGGUAAUUUCUGUGGUUUCUUUUUCUAGUUUGGAUGCCCAUCAACCGAUGUAUGUAUGAUUUGCUAUCUAUUAUACUACCCAUUGUUAAACCCAGCAAAUGCAAGGGUAUGGUGUGCCGGUUAGUAUAUUAGCAAUUACCCAACACAAGUAUUUCUCUUUU